CAGUCACCCCACCCUUAGCCGUCCCCGCCACCUUACUCUACCACCCUCCCCCGUGGCUUCGCGCACUCCGCGUCCCAGCCCAGCCUCCCGCUUCUCUCUCCCCCAAACCGCUCACUUGCCAGCCCUUUGCCCCCGGGAAGAAGAAACAUUUCCCGGAGCGCACUCCUCAGCCCUCCCUUCCCCCCGCGCUCGCCCUCCCCUCCCCCUCGCUCUUUUUAUCUUGGGGGAGGGGGGCUGUCGCCUCGGAUUGAAGGCCAUUGAUUUGUAUGUAUUUGUCCCAGCGCCGGAGGCUGCCCCAGCUGCCCGCGCGGGUGCCUCCGCCGCCGCCGCCGCCGCCAGUGGAGUUGCCUCCCUGCUUCACUAGGGUGGUUAGGCUCCACCAAACAUGUCGGCUCCUGUCGGGCCGCGGGGCCGCCCGGCUCCCACCCCGGUGGCCUCUCAGCCGCCUCUGCAGCCAGAGAUGCCCGACCUUAGCCACCUCACGGAGGAGGAGAGGAAAAUCAUCCUGGCCGUCAUGGACCGGCAGAAGAAAGAAGAGGAGAAGGAGCAGUCGGUGCUCAAGGUCAAAGAAGAACACAAACCACAACCGACACAGUGGUUUCCCUUUAGUGGGAUCACUGAACUGGUAAAUAACGUUCUUCAGCCCCAGCAAAAACAACAAAAUGAAAAGGAGCCCCAGACAAAACUUCAUCAGCAGUUUGAAAUGUAUAAGGAGCAGGUGAAGAAGAUGGGAGAAGAAUCACAGCAGCAGCAAGAACAGAAGGGUGACGCCCCAACCUGUGGUAUCUGCCACAAAACAAAAUUUGCUGAUGGAUGUGGCCAUAACUGUUCAUAUUGCCAAACGAAGUUCUGUGCUCGAUGUGGAGGUCGAGUGUCAUUACGCUCAAACAAGGAGGACAAAGUGGUUAUGUGGGUAUGUAAUUUGUGCCGAAAACAACAAGAAAUCCUCACUAAGUCAGGAGCAUGGUUUUAUAACAGUGGAUCUAAUACAGCACAGCAACCUGAUCAAAAGGCUCUCCGAGGACUGCGGAAUGAGGAGGCGCCUCAGGAGAAGAAAGCAAAACUCCAUGAGCAGGCCCAGUUCCCAGGACCCUCAGGUGACUUAUCUGUACCUGCAGUGGAGAAAAGUCGAUCUCAUGGGCUCACAAGACAGGAUUCUAUUAAAAAUGGGUCAGGAGUGAAGCACCAAAUUGCCAGUGACAUAGCUUCAGACAGGAAAAGAAGUCCAUCAGUGUCCAGAGAUCAGAACAGAAGAUACGACCAAAGGGAAGAAAGAGAGGAGUACCCGCAGUAUGCUACUCCGGACAGCACAAUGCCUAGAUCUCCAUCAGAUUAUGCUGAUAGGAGGUCUCAACGUGAACCUCAGUUUUAUGAAGAGCCUGAUCAUAUAAAUUACAGGGACUCCAACAGGAGAAGUCAUCGGCAUUCCAAAGAAUAUGUUGUAGAUGAUGAGGAUGUGGAGAGCAGGGAUGAAUAUGAGAGACAAAGGAGAGAGGAGGAAUACCAGGCACGCUACCGAAGUGACCCGAAUUUGGCCCGUUAUCCAGUAAAGCCACAGCCCUAUGAAGAACAAAUGCGUAUUCAUGCUGAAGUGUCACGAGCCAGGCAUGAGAGAAGGCACAGUGAUGUCUCUUUGGCAAAUGCUGAACUGGAAGACUCCAGGAUUUCUAUGCUAAGGAUGGAACGACCAUCAAGGCAAAGAUCUAUAUCUGAACGUAGAGCUGCCAUGGAAAGUCAGCGCUCUUAUUCAAUGGAAAGAACUCGAGAGGCUCAGGGACCAAGUUCUUAUCCACAAAGGACCACAAACCAUAGUCCUCCUACCCCCCGGAGGAGUCCAAUACCCAUUGAUAGACCAGACAUGAGACGUACUGACUCACUAAGGAAACAACACCACUUAGAUCCUAGCUCCGCUGUAAGGAAAACGAAACGGGAAAAAAUGGAAACAAUGUUAAGGAAUGAUUCUCUCAGUUCUGACCAGUCAGAGUCAGUGAGACCUCCACCACCAAAGCCUCAUAAAUCAAAGAAAGGAGGUAAAAUGCGCCAGGUUUCAUUGAGCAGUUCAGAGGAGGAAUUAGCUUCGACACCUGAAUAUACAAGUUGCGAUGAUGUUGAGAUUGAAAGUGAGAGUGUAAGUGAAAAAGGGGACAGUCAAAAGGGAAAAAGAAAAACUAGUGAGCAGGCAGUUUUGUCGGACUCUAACACCAGGUCUGAGAGACAAAAGAAAAUGAUGUACUUUGGUGGCCACUCUUUGGAAGAGGACUUGGAAUGGUCUGAGCCUCAGAUUAAGGACUCUGGGGUAGAUACGUGUAGUAGCACAACCCUUAACGAGGAGCAUAGCCAUAGUGAUAAGCACCCUGUGACGUGGCAGCCGUCUAAAGAUGGAGAUCGUUUAAUUGGUCGCAUUUUAUUAAAUAAGCGUUUAAAAGAUGGAAGUGUACCUCGAGAUUCAGGAGCAAUGCUUGGCUUGAAGGUUGUAGGAGGAAAGAUGACUGAAUCAGGUCGGCUCUGUGCAUUUAUUACCAAAGUUAAAAAAGGAAGUUUAGCUGAUACUGUAGGACAUCUUAGACCAGGUGAUGAAGUAUUAGAAUGGAAUGGAAGGCUAUUGCAAGGAGCCACAUUUGAAGAAGUAUAUAACAUCAUUCUGGAAUCCAAACCUGAACCACAAGUCGAGCUUGUUGUUUCAAGGCCUAUUGGAGAUAUACCUAGAAUACCUGACAGCACACAUGCACAACUGGAGUCCAGUUCUAGCUCAUUCGAAUCUCAAAAAAUGGAUCGUCCUUCUAUUUCCGUUACCUCUCCCAUGAGUCCUGGCAUGCUGAGGGAUGUUCCACAGUUCUUAUCUGGACAACUUUCAAGCCAAAGCCUUAGUAGAAGAACAACGCCUUUUGUUCCUAGGGUUCAGAUAAAACUAUGGUUUGACAAGGUUGGUCACCAAUUAAUAGUUACAAUUUUGGGAGCAAAGGAUCUCCCUUCCAGGGAAGAUGGGAGGCCAAGGAAUCCUUAUGUUAAAAUUUACUUUCUUCCAGACAGAAGUGAUAAAAACAAGAGAAGAACUAAAACAGUAAAGAAAACAUUGGAACCCAAAUGGAACCAAACAUUCAUUUACUCUCCAGUCCACCGAAGGGAAUUUCGAGAGCGAAUGCUGGAGAUUACCCUCUGGGAUCAAGCUCGAGUUCGCGAGGAAGAGAGUGAAUUCUUAGGAGAGAUUUUAAUUGAAUUAGAAACAGCACUAUUAGAUGAUGAGCCACAUUGGUACAAACUUCAGACCCAUGAUGUUUCUUCAUUGCCACUCCCCCACCCUUCUCCAUACAUGUCACGACGACAGCUCCACGGAGAGAGCCCGACACGGAGGUUGCAAAGGUCAAAGAGAAUAAGUGAUAGUGAAGUCUCUGACUAUGACUGUGAUGAUGGAAUUGGUGUAGUAUCAGAUUAUCGACACAAUGGCCGAGAUCUUCAAAGCUCGACAUUGUCAGUGCCAGAACAAGUAAUGUCAUCAAACCAUUGUUCACCAUCAGGGUCUCCUCACCGAGUAGAUGUUAUAGGAAGGACUAGGUCAUGGUCACCCAGUGUCCCUCCCCCACAAAGUCGGAAUGUGGAACAGGGACUUCGAGGGACACGCUCUACUAUGGGACAUUAUAAUACAAUCAGCCGAAUGGAUAGACAUCGUGUCAUGGACGACCAUUAUUCUCCAGAUAGAGACAGUCAUUUUCUUACUCUACCUCGCUCCAGAUAUAAUCAGACCAUUGAACAUCAUCACAGGGAUGGCAGGGAUUGUGAAGCAGCAGAUAGACAGCCAUAUCACAGAUCCAGAUCAACAGAACAGCGGCCUCUCCUAGAGCGGACCACCACCCGCUCCAGAUCCACUGAACGUCCUGAUACAAACCUCAUGAGGUCGAUGCCUUCAUUAAUGACUGGAAGAUCUGCCCCUCCUUCACCUGCCUUAUCGAGGUCUCAUCCUCGUACUGGGUCUGUCCAAACAAGCCCAUCAAGUACUCCAGUGGCAGGACGAAGGGGCCGACAACUCCCACAACUUCCACCAAAGGGAACAUUGGAGAGAAACAAUGGAGUCAAGGAGAUAGAACCAUAUGAAGAAGAAGUGGACACCACAAGGAGAAGACAUGCAGGUGCUAUGGAUAUAGAGGAGAGAAAUCGCCAAAUGAAAAUUAACAAAUACAAACAGGUAGCCGGAUCAGAUCCCAGACUGGAACAAGAUUACCAUUCAAAGUAUCGAUCAGGAUGGGAUCCUCAUAGAGGGGCAGAUAAUAUUUCCACUAAAUCUUCGGACAGUGAUGUAAGUGAUAUAUCUGCGGUUUCAAGGACUAGUAGUGCUUCUCGUUUCAGCAGCACAAGCUACAUGUCUGUCCAAUCAGAACGGCCAAGAGGAAACAAGAAAAUCAGUGUCUUUACAACCAAAAUGCAAAGCAGACAAAUGGGCAUCUCGGGGAAGAACAUGACUAAAAGCACCAGCAUCAGCGGAGACAUGUGCUCGCUGGAGAAGAACGAUGGCAGCCAGUCUGACACUGCGGUGGGCGCCCUGGGCACCGGCGGCAAAAAGCGGCGCUCUAGCAUUGGGGCCAAAAUGGUAGCUAUUGUUGGUCUCUCCCGGAAAAGCCGCAGUGCUUCUCAGCUCAGCCAGACGGAAGCCGGAGGUAAGAAGCUACGGAGCACCGUCCAGAGAAGUACAGAGACAGGCUUGGCUGUGGAGAUGAGGAACUGGAUGACCCGGCAGGCAAGCCGAGAAUCGACAGAUGGCAGCAUGAACAGCUACAGCUCGGAAGGAAAUCUGAUUUUCCCUGGUGUCCGCUUGGCCUCUGAUAGCCAAUUCAGCGACUUUCUGGAUGGCCUUGGCCCAGCCCAGCUAGUGGGGCGCCAGACUCUGGCCACACCUGCAAUGGGCGACAUUCAGGUAGGAAUGAUGGACAAAAAGGGACAGUUGGAGGUGGAAAUCAUUCGGGCCCGUGGCCUUGUUGUAAAACCAGGUUCCAAGACACUGCCAGCACCCUAUGUAAAGGUGUAUCUAUUAGAUAAUGGAGUCUGCAUCGCCAAAAAGAAAACAAAAGUGGCAAGAAAGACGCUGGAACCCCUUUACCAGCAGCUGUUAUCUUUUGAAGAAAGUCCCCAAGGAAAGGUUUUACAGAUCAUUGUCUGGGGAGAUUAUGGCCGCAUGGAUCACAAAUCCUUCAUGGGAGUGGCCCAGAUACUUUUAGAUGAACUGGAGCUAUCCAAUAUGGUGAUUGGGUGGUUCAAACUUUUUCCUCCUUCCUCCCUAGUAGAUCCAACCUUGGCCCCUCUGACAAGAAGAGCCUCCCAAUCCUCUCUGGAAAGUUCAACUGGACCUUCUUACUCUCGUUCAUAGCACCUGUAAGACUGUUGUCAUAGCAACCAGCGUUACAAAAAAAAAUCACAGGUCGCAAACCCUGGUAACACUGCAUGCUUAAUGUUGUGUCUUCUGAGCCUGUUUCUAGGGAUACAAAGCGAUCCUGUGUUCUCAGAGGAAGUCGCACACAUUGUGCCCUAAAGAAUGCCCUCAGGUGAAAGAGCAGAGCCGUGACGAACUAUCAGGUUUGGAGUUCAGGCACACUCGAGUUUUGUCCAAUCUGAAGCCAUGGAUUAAUCUCAAAGAAUCAGUCAGUUUCAUGCAGCAAAAGCCCUUUUCAAUGGCACCUUUAUAUUUUUAUCGUUCCUUUUUCAUUUCUCUGACCCCAAAGCCCUGUGAUGCCACAGAAAUGGAGCUAUCCAGCCAUUAAGCCAUCUUACAAGUCAAGGAGUGAAGUCCUCAGAAGCAUCAGGUGAAAAGCAAGAGACCAAAGAUGUGGUCCAGGAUAAAACAUCAGCCCUCCUCUGGACGGGGGACAGGAGCAGCCAGUCCAACGUGACGACGUAGACGGUGGCAGACUUCGGAGCUCCAGCAGGCAUGUCACUCCCUCAUGCAAAGAUGUGUUGGACUCUGAAAAAAACAAUUCUGUGGCUAUACUGUACUAAAUGAAAUUAACUUUUUUUGCAUGGACACAGAUUAGCUGAAUCCUUAAAUUAUUUUCUUGGAGCUGCAACUUGCAAAAAAGUAAAAAUCAGCCAUUUUCAACAAUUUAUAUUAUUUUUAAAGAUAAAUUUCACUAGUGCAUGGUUUUAAAAAAGGGAGCGAAUGCAACAGGGUGAUACAAAGACACACCAUGUUUAUUCUUUAAUCAUAGUCUGUGUUUUGGCAGACAUUACAGAAAAAAAUACUUUCUAGAAGAUGCUUAAAAUUCUCUUUAUGUGACAAAUAAGCAUAAUAUAUUCAAUUUAUUUCCAUGUUAAAUACACAGAUCUUACGAAGUUCAAAAUGUGCAAAUUGUUCACAUCUUUCUUCCUCUUUUAAUCUUUUAUUUUCUUUCUCCCUACCAGAGUGAACAUUAUGCUAAAAAAUUACAAGUUUUUGAUCUGAUACUCUUACACCCUAUAUUUGAUUCAGAGCUGUAGAUGCUGCUGAAUUUCUCAAGGGGACAAAAAAAGCUUUAUUUCAAGCAUGUUGAAAGGAUUUUGCAACAUGACUUGGGAGUACAUUAAAGUAAGUCAGCAUGUAUUUGAUAAAGAAGAUAUUUGAACUUUUGCAAUUUAUUGUACAGUGCAUGGUAGUUUUAUUUUCACCUUCAAAGUUCAGUUUACAGAAAAAUCCUAAAAUCAUGUGGCCGUUGUAAUGUCUAAUUUGUUUUUCACACCAGCAUUAUUCAUACAGGGGUUAAAGUAUUAUUUCUAGAAGGUCUUAGGUUUUGUUUUUUAAUUCAAGCAAUUUCUUUAGCCAAUUUCCAUUUACUAUGUGAAUAAAAACACUUAAAAAUUUGGAACCCUGAAACAUAGGGGCUGUUUAUUAAUUCAUUUUUCUGUAGUAAAAUUCAAUUUUUCACAAAAUAUAUUUCUAAAGAAAUAUAGUAAACAUAAGACUCUAUGAAAGUCAGUCUAUUAACAGUUCUCUUAUGCCAUCACCAAAAGUCUACACACAAACCCCCUAAAGUCAAACCCCUGCCUUUGGUUUUACAGACAGUUAUUACCAUUGGGUGGUGCUGCAAGGUCAAAUUUCUCCAAAGUUCCCUGACUUAGAGGAAAAGUCACUGGUUAAUGUAGUAAACCACCCAUACUUUCUUUCUGUAGACUUUGAAAACACAUUCUUAUAGGUUCAUUUUAAUUUCUUACAACAACUUUUGAAAUCCAGAUACAUACCAUUUGUUCAAGUUGAGGCCAUGCACAAAAAUUGCUUUUCUUUCCCUGUUUAAAUUCAGUGCUGACCAUUAAAAACUAUCAUGCUUGAUAUGGUGCAAAAGUUAAAAUGAGUAUCACUAAAAAUGCCUUGUCCUUAUGUGGUGCAAUACGAAAUACACCGAGACUGUGUCUUGACAUUCUGAGACCUGCGAUGGACCCAGGUAACGUUGAAAGAAUGAAUAAAACUUUAUUGAAAUGAUUUAGACACUUGUGUACCAGCAACAAUUGAUUUAAUAGACCUCUAGUGUCUAUACUUUCCCUUAGAAUAAACGUUUACCAUUUUCCUGAUACUAAGAUGCAGUCACAUAAUCUUUUGUGCAUAUUCCUAUAUAAAUUAUUUCUAAUUUUAAUAAGAAGGACUGGACUGUGUGGAAUAUUUGUACAUACUUGUCAUUAUGCAGUAUUUAUUUUAAAAUUGGUGUUUUUUUUUUAAUUUUCACAUGUCUGCACCUCGACUUGUGGUUUAGUCAUGUAAAUAGCACUAUUCCAGUGACCGUUGCUGCCCUGUACAUAGUAUGUUUUAAAAGCAAAGGGAAUUCCAGUUGGAAAAAAAAAAAAAGGGCAGAUUAGUCCUGUAAUGAACAUAACUAAUGUAAAACUCAAAUUCAUUCUGGUGAUGGGAUUUAAACACUUUAAAUAAAACAUUUUCUUUACA